UCUUCAAGGCAUUCUAUGUGUUGAAGAAUUUAUUCACAGGCUUAAUGUAUAUGUUACUUGUACUGUUUCUGGCAAUCACAUACGUUCUUUUUUGUCUCGACAAGUAAGAUAUGUUGAUCAUGUUAUAUGUGAUGCUAUCAAAGUACCUCGAAUUCUAUUUCCCUAUGACAAUAUUGUUCUGUAUUAUAGUCAUGUUUUCAGUAAGAUUCUACGUGAAACGGGUUUCAAGAAAUGUUUAUCUUCUGAAUUUCGCGUGUUACAAGCCACCGGCCUCUCUAAUGUGUAGCAAACAACAAUUCAUGGACCUAUCAAGAAGAUCAGGAGCCUUCAGGGAAGAAAGUUUAGCUUUUCAGAAGAAGGUAUUGGAGAGGUCAGGAAUAGGUGAGAAGGCCUAUAUUUCGGAAGGGUUGCACAGAGUUCCAGCAGAAGUGAGCACGAGGGAGGCACGUAAAGAGGCAGAGAAGGUGAUAUUUGGUGCCAUAGAUGAGCUCCUGAGUAAGGUGCAGAAUGUGAAGGUUAGUGACAUUGGAAUUUUGGUGUUGAAUUGCAGCAUGUUCAAUCCAACACCUUCAUUAUCUUCGGCUAUUGUGAAUCGUUACAAUCUAAGAAGCAAUAUUCUGAGCUACAAUCUCGCUGGAAUGGGUUGCAGUGCAGGAAAUAUUUCUAUUGACCUUGCCAAAAAUCUUCUACAAGUGCAUUCAAAUUACUACGCCCUUGUAAUAAACCUAGAAUGUAGUAACGAGAACUGGUAUAGAGGCAAUGAUCGCUCAAUGCUCGUCUCUAAUUGCAUCUUCCGCAUGGGUGGUGCUGCAAUUCUCCUCUCCAGUUGCCCCAUCGAUAGAUUCUCUUCAAAGUACCAACUCACUCAUACUGUGCGUACUCACAAGGGCGCAGAUGACCUCGCCUACAACUCCGUCUUGAAACAAGAAGACGACGACACCAUUGUAGGCGUCAAACUCUCCAAACACCUUAUUGCUGUUGCAGGAGAUGCAAUAAAAACGAACAUCAUGACAUUAGGCCCAUUGGUCCUUCCAGUGUCCGAGCAGCUCGUAUUUCUAGCUACAAUGCUUGCCAAGAAGGUCUUGAAGAUGAAAAUCAAGCCAUAUGUUCCGGAUUUCAAGAAGGCUAUAGAGCAUUUUAUGAUACAUGCAGGAGGACCAGCAGUGCUGGACGCGGUGGAGAAGAAUCUGAUGAUCACGGAAUGGCACAUGGAGCCUUCGAGAAUGACGCUCUACAGGUUUGGGAAUACUUCCAGCUGUUCUAUCUGGUAUCAGCUUGCGUAUGCUGAGGCCAAGGGGAGGAUCCGAAAAGGUAACAGGGUUUGGCAAAUUGCGUUCGGAUCAGGCUUCAAGUGUAGCAGUUGUGUGUGGCAUGCUCUGAGAAAUGUCGAUCCGGUUCUGGAGAUUAGUCCUUGGACGGAUUUGAUCGAUGAUUUCCCGGUUAGGGUGUCCAAAGCACAAGUUUUUGAGUAGUUUGACAUUUCGGCUUUCACUUGUGUUGUUUCUAAGUACCACCUGGUUUUCUACUUGUAACAGUGAAAUUAGUUCUGGCCUUUUGGGCAUGAUGUGCAUGGUUUAUAGGUACAUGCCU